AUGCCUGCUAAGGCACCACUGCAUCCAUGGCAACGUAUACACAUCGACUACGCAGGGCCAUUUCAGAACUCGAUGUUCUUAGUGGUUGUCGAUGUACACAGCGGGUGGCCGGAAGUGAUUCCGGUUAAGUCAACAUCUUCAAGUUCGACCAUCGAAAUUUUACGCGAUUUGUUUGCCAGAUUUGGAAUUCCUGAACAGAUUGUUAGCGACAAUGGUAUGCAAUUUGUUUCUGAAGAGUUCAAGGCAUUCGUCAGGUCCAAUGGCAUCCAUCAUAUAACUUCAGCACCGUACCAUCCGGCGACGAAUGGUCUAGCGGAAAGGGCAGUGCAAACCUUCAAGCAAGCUUUGCGUUCCAUGUGUCAAAGCUCAAAGCCAAUGAGGGAGAAGUUGGCGAAGUUUCUCAUAGCUUACAGGAACACUCCACACUCCACCACCGGUGAGAGCCCAGCACAGUUACUCCUGGGGAGACCAUUGCGUACUCGCCUAGAUUUGAACAUCAAAGCUACGAAUGAGAAGAGUAAGCAGUAUCGUCAAUUGGAGAUUGGUGACUCGGUUAUGUCAAGGGAUUAUCGAGGGGAUGUGAAGUGGCGCUCAGGGCGGACUGUUAACAAGACAGGUCCGCUGAUGUAUGAGGUGCACGUAGCACCAGGAAUGAUUUCGCGCCGACAUAUCGACCAGUUAAAGCCAACAGCAGUUGAGCACACAAUUAAGGGUAGUGACGCCUACUGUAGUGUUGAGGUCAGCCGACCCGAAGUGACCAGCGCGCCACCGACACCAAUCCCCUCAAGUGCUCCAUACCCUGAGGUUGGUAAAGUUCUAGAAUUUUCCGUGGCAGAUCAACCGGAGAUGGGUCCUGUUCCCGUACCUGCAGUUCCUAACCCUCCUGACGCGAUUCCAAUGGUCCAAAAGCGGUGGCGCCCUCAGGGAACGCGCAGGGCACCAAAGAGGCUCGAUCUCUGA